AUUCGAUCUCUGGUUUUGUCGUAGAAAGACCGUUUUCACUAAAACCAUAUUAUGUUCAAUCUAGUAGAACUGGAAGAUACUAUACAAAUACUGCCAGAGUGCCUAGACCAAGUAGUUGAGGCCAUCCACUAUGAAAUCAACAAAAAAUUUGCCAACAAGGUUAUAAAAGAUGUCGGUUUGUGUAUAUGUCUGUUCGAUAUACUUAAAAUAGGCCAUGGCUCGAUCUAUCAGGGAGACGGAUCCGUCUUCUCGGUCGUUCGCUUUCGAAUUGCCGUAUUCAAGCCGUUCCUGGGUGAGGUGAUCGUAGGGACGAUCAAAUACAGCUCGGAGGAGGCUCUCCAAGUGACCCUUGGCUUCUUUGAUCAAAUCUGGAUUUUGGCUUCUUCCCUUCAACAGCCAUCCGUGUUUGAAAAGUCAGAUCAACUCUGGGCUUGGAAAUAUCAGGAUCACUUGCUUUGGCUCAAUCCUGGCGACCAGAUCCGUUUUCGAGUGGAGAAAAUUGUUUUUAACCCCCCGACUUCCAGAAAACCUGGGAACAACAAGCCCUCAGACCCGUCCGGUGGACCAUCCGACGAUAAAAACUGCGAUCCAACCGCGUCAAACGAUCCUGAGAGCCCCCUAAGCGCUCUCAUGAUUUUUGGGAGCAUUAGUGAAAGCGGCCUCGGCUCCCUGAGCUGGUGGAAUUCCGUCUCGGACGCCAGCGCUGUUGAAGACGCCGCCACAGAUAACUGCGAUCCAGUAGAUACCACUUAACAUCGUAAGGCGCGUCCUCGGUCGGUAGCGACUCAUCAAUGCAGGCUGGACGGCAUUUUCUAUACGAGGGAGCGAGACCUUUUUUUUUUGUCGCCGUCUAUAAGCGCUUUGAUUGUGUCGAGGAUGCGUGACAUGCCAAUGCUCAUCAAAAAUCCGACUCAGAACAGAGGAAUUCUGGCGUGUAUUCAUCAUCGUAUUCGGUCUGGGCCAAUUCUUGCCUCGGCGCUUACCCCACGUUGCGUUUUUUUCCGCAUAAGUUGACACAUAAACCUAUUUCAGAACUUU